GCAUUAUUUCAUUUUCCAGUCCCCACCGCCACCAGACCUAUUUCAAUAGGUACGUCUAGGUCUACCUUUUCGUUCUUUAUUCUCCAGAAGACUUUACCAGGUGUACCGCAUUUCGAUGAAAUAAAGAAGCUUUACUAGUUUUUACCUACCCUUUUUACGUGCAGCAGCAGAGGGGGAAAGAUCGCCCUUAAAGUACGUGAAAACGUGGUUUUUAAAUGUAGUAAGUACCAUACUCGCACCAGCUAGACGUUGAAUUUACAUUUACACUACAAAGAAAAUCCUUUUAUUCGAAGAUGGUCGCAGCUCCGGCAGGGCCGACGGCGACGAAUGGCACGACAACCGUGUCAACUGCAUCUUCGGGCCAGAACGGGAUGAAAGACCACCGGAAAGUAAUCGACCUCACCAAAAACAAGAAUGGCGACACCUUGGACCCCCGCAUUGCGGAGGAGUUCGAGCCGGUAUUUGCCUUGGAGUACGAAAAAGUCCCGGUAUCGAUGGUAAAGCACAAAAAGACCGGGAUUUCUAUGGCGUUCUCAAACGUUACAUUCUCAACUGUUACAUGAAUUUGUGAUGCAAGAACAGCAACAGUGAAAGUGGCAACGUUGCAACUUUCGCAUCGCAGAUUUUCCACAGAUUAUCAUGCUGUUUAGCCCUUCGAAAAUUUGUCAUGCUAAGCACCUUGAUCAAGUGGAGGGCAAUGGCAAUUUUGCAUGACAAAUCCAUGUAACAGUUGAGAAUGUAACGUUUGAGAAUCCCAUAAUUUCCAUCUGUCUGGCCGAGGUGAAAUCGCCGUUGGUCAACGGUUACGCAUUGCAAAUAUGUCUGGGUCUGGAAGAUUGCAACUUGUCAUGCUGAGUCUGGAUCAUGCAAAAAUUUGCGUUGCAUGAUUACCAAAAGAUGUCCACCACUUUUGACCAGAUUGACAGGGAGUCUCUCAUGCAGGAUAGGCAUGAUAGACACGACCUCACAGCAUUUGUCAUGCUAGGUGCUGCAUUCCAGGCCUGAUGGGUGUCAUGGAAAAACUGCAUCACAAAUCUUACAUUCAUCUUUCAGACUGAGACAUAUUUGCAUUUCAUAGCGGUUACUUUUCCGUCCACACCGAAGCAGACGACGACUACGGCUGUCCGCACACGCUGGAGUAUCGUAUUUAAAAACGUCCCCAGCUGCCCAUACUUGUAAUGCAAAUCUGCACACGACUGAAAAUGUUUCUCAUGCGGAGCCCCAUGAGAAGGAUUUUCUAGUCGUCUUUUGCAAUUUGUCAUGCUCCAAUCGGCAUGAUGUACUAGAUCAGUGAUGCUGCUGAGCUAGCUAAAACAGCACUACACUUUGAGUGGUUCAAAUUUGUCAUGCAAGACAGCCAAACCGUGUGGAUUUGUCUAGCCGAUUCGCCAUCUUGACGUAUGGGGUGGGGACGUUUUUCAAUAGGAUAUGGAGCACCUCAUCUUUAUGGGCUCGAAGAAGUACCCCUACAAGGGAAUCUUGGAUUUACUGGCGAACCAAUGCUUGGCGCAAGGAACGAAUGCCUGGACAGACACGGACAACACGACCUAUACGGUAUGCAGUAAGUUUUUGUAAAACUACAAACCACAGUUCGUUGCGGGACAGUUUUGACGUACAUCAUCUUGAUCCGCUUUAUCAAAUUUUGCUUUGUAUUGUAUCAGGAUCAGCAUUCAAGUUGUAACGCAUCAAGAGUGUGCUUAGAAGUACACAUGCUUCUAGUUUGCAUUGGAAAUGCAAAAGCAAAAGGACACUGAAUGUUGUAGUUCUACUUGACCAGCAAGAAGUUGCGAAAUUUUGAUAAAAUAUCAAUCAGAUCGAAACCGCUGGUGCCGAGGGGUUUCUGCAGAUUUUUCCGAUCUACAUGGACCACCUCCUGUUUCCCACCCUGACGGACAGUGCGUUUGUCACGGAAAUCCACCACAUUGAUGGCGAAGGGGUGGAUUCCGGAGUGGUGUAUUGCGAGAUGCAAGCGCGGGAAAACGAGAUGGAUGACGUGCUCGAGUACGAACGGCGUCAGAUGCUCUUCAUAUGGAUUGCAAAAGUAUCGUACUCGUACGUAAUUGCUAUCAUGCAUGACAAAUUUCUUCCCUUCUAAGGUAAAACAGCAUUACAAAUUUCAAAUUUGUAAUGCUGAGGUAAAUGUGUAAUGCAAUUUAUACCAUGCAAUACUUUUGCAAUGCAUAGUUCACAGACCAGAACAAGUCCCUGAAAUCCGAAACGGGCGGGCGGCUGCGGGAACUCCGGGACAUCACGAACAAACAAAUCCAGGACUACCACAAGGCCUACUACGCGCCGAACAACAUUUGCUGCAUCGUCUGCGGGCAGUGCGAGUUGGGGGAUUUGUGCAGGGUGCUGCUGCCGGUAUUGGACCGGUACCCGUUGGAACUCUUGGACCCGAAGAACCCGGCCAACGUGCUGCUGAAAGCCCGGCCGUUCUCUACCCCGAUGGAGAAAUUGAGGACGAACCAGUACAAGGAAACUGUUUUUCCCGCGGAGGACGACGAGGCGGGCGGCUGUGUGCAGAUCUCCUGGUUCGGCCCCAAAUGGGCGGACUUCGACGGAAUUCUCGCCUGUGAAACCCUGUUGAGCUACUUCACCAAGGAUAGCAUCUCCCCCUUGCGAAAGCGGUUCUCCGACCCGCCGGAGGAGUUGCAGAUGGAGCCGCUCUGCGCGACGGUCGGGUUCGGCAAGCUGGAGGUGUCAGAAACGGUCUUCACAUUGGAGCUAGAAAACAUCAACCUGGAGAACCUCGGGCUGUACCUACACAGUACUACUGCGACCUCCACCUCCGACGGAAGCAAAUCCAAAUCGCCAGGAACUACAAACAAAAUCGACGAGGCCGUCGUGAAAGUAUUCGAAGAGGAGGUCGACAACUUGGAUUUGCAGCGCCUGCGCUCCUUGCUAGAGCUGGGCAAGCGGAAGCACCUGCAACGCCUCGAGGGGUCGCCGCACGAUGCGUACAGCGACUUUCUCAUUUCCGAGUUCCUGUUCGGGCCGUCGUUUGACCACCACAAUGACGUAGAUGUAGAGGGGAACAAGAAGAUGACGACCAAUGGGACAACUUCUCAGGAGCCCGGGUCCGUCCUCCUAGCCAACAUGUCGAAGAUCGAGCGUUUCGACCGGUUGCUAGCCUGGACGGACGAGCAGUGGAAGCAGGUUUUGCGUUCGGUUUUCAUUGACAACCAGCGGGUUUGCUUAUUUGGGAAGCCGUCCAAGGAAACCGCCGAGAAAUUGCAAAGCGACGAAACGAAACGGCUCGACGCGCAGAAAGACCAACUGGGCGAGGAGGGAAAAAAGCAAAAGGCGGACCAGCUGACCCAUAUGGAUUGCAAAAAUGUCUAGGUCUGCAUCAAUGCAGACGUUUGUGAUGCAGGUUUUGCAUGACCCGGAGUGUCUGGCAUGCAGGACCAGCAUCACAGGUUCUUCGAGAGCUUCACGAUGCCUACUCUGCAUCACAAAUCCGCUCUCACCCUGCCCAAACAUAAGUACACAGCUUUUGCUGUUUGUGCAACACAGAUUUUGUGUGAUCUGAAAUGCGCAUCACAAGUUGCCAUCCUCCUCGCCCAGACAUAUUUGCAAUGCAUAACCCAAGCGGAUGCGCAAAACGGGAUCGACCCGCCCAAGGAGGUUUUGGCGACCAGCAUCGAGCCGCCCGAUUUGCGGAAAGUGGAGUUGAUCGCCUGCAAAACGGAGCAGCUCGUCGCCCACCGCCGGGGCGCCACGCCGACGGCAAGGAUUCAGAUCGACAGCAUCGAGGGGGCGCAGUUCUGCUAUGAAUUGCAAAAGUAUUGUACUCGUAGUGAUUGCAUUCAUGCAUUACAAAUCUCUUUCUCAAGGUCAAUCAGCAUUGCAAAUUUGAUUUGUAAUGCUGGGCUGAUUUGUAAUGCAAUUUUCCCUAGUGCGAUGCUUUUGCAAUGCAUAUCUGCGACAUUCGGUUGAUUUUCAAAUUGCCAGAGGGAAGAGGUGAACUGCGGGAACUGAUUACCAUCUGGCGCGAACUGGCGUUUCAAAGUCCGUUGAAAAAAUCGAACCUCGGACCGGCGACUACAGCCGAAGAAACGGUGAAACUUGUCACGGAAGUGUUCAACAACUCCAGCUGCUGCCCGUCGCAGGGGAAAAAUUCCGGGUCUACCUGGGGGGCCGGACCGAUCUAUGGAUUGCAAAGAUGUCUGGGUCUGGAAACUUGUGAUGCUAAAAUGUGGAUGAUGGAAACAGUUCCGAAUGCAACACAGCAUGACAACUUUUCAGAACGCUUUCUCAUAGGAAAUCCGCGUGAGAAACGGCGUUUUUGCGUGUACCAAAGAGGCUGCGACUUUUGUUGGCUAUGCAAUACAGAUUUGCUAGGUAUGGAGAGCUAGCAUUACAAGUUGCAACCUUCCAGACCCAGACACUUUGGCGUUUGACACGAUCGGGACAGACGCGAUUUUCUUCUACGCCAAGGUGGCAAAAGAGGAUUUGGUGAAGGGAACGAAACUGUUGCUACGCAUCAAAGAAGACGUGGUGUUCACGCACGAGAAAGUGAAAUUGGCGAUUUCGAGAAUUCUCAACGUGUUACCUCAGGAGAAACGCCAGGGGUGGAGUUUGUGCUGCUUAGCCGGGCGGGCGUUGGUGUACGACGAUCGGAGCAUGCAGAAAGUGAAUUCCUGGCCGAAGAUCUUGGCGCAGCUGAAAAUGUUUGCCACGGGGAAGGAUGAAUCGGGGGCGGGUGAAGACGAGGAUGGCAGCGAGGAUGAGGAAGGCGGGGAGGAAGAGGAGGACGAUGAAGCCAUGCCCGAUGCUGCUGAUAAUGAUGACCAAGGCAAGAAUACAUCUGACAGCAAAAAUGACAAGGAUUUCUCCCCCGCCCCCCGCACCUCCGACGUGACUAUGGAGGGCACGACGCCGGCGGAUGAAGAGAUGCUGCCAGAGGUUUAUGGAAUGCAAAAAUGUCUGGGUCUGGAAGAAUGCAAGAUUUGUGAUGCAGGUUUUCCAUGACCCAUGAGGUCUGGAAUGCGAGACCCAGCAUGACAGAUUCUCUGAGGUCUUUAUCAUGCCUUUCCUGCAUGAGAAACUCCCUCUCAACUUGGUCAAAAGGGGACAGCUUUUGGCACUCAUGCAACACAGAUUUCUGCAUGAUUCGGAUUUAGCAUGACAAGUCGCAAUCUUCCGGACCUAGACAUAUUUGCAAUGCAUAAGGUUGACGAGGCGACAAAACAGGCGAAAAUCGAGGAAAUGAUCGGUGGCUUGGGAGAACUGCAGAAGGCGCUGUAUCGUAAAGAAAAAUCCCCCCUCCCCAUAUUGAAAACGCACCGUCCUGAAAAUUUGCGUUGCAGAUUUGUGACCACAAAUCCGGUUUGUCAUGCAAGAAGGCACCUUUAGGCUGUCCCCCGCGUUAUGUAGGCGAUUUGUAAUGCUGUAGGGCCUACAGGGCAGACGUCUGCCAUGCUAGGCGCCUACAGCAAGAGGCCCCUGUCUAGGCUUGCGAUCUGCGUGCAUUGCUCUACUGCAAGACAGAUUUGAUUUGUGUACAGAAAUUCCGCAUCACAGAUUUCCGUUUUGAUAUGGAGAGGGGAGAUUUUUCAUUUUGAUACACUGUCCACGGUCGCGAUGCACGUUGGCGGGGAUUUGGCCGAGUUGCUGGACAAGACCACCCCGCAACACAAGUUUUUCACCGAAGACCUGUGGACCGACCUUUGCUCCACACGGUACACACCGCUACCGACCUGGACCUGCCUGGCGAUUGAGUGUGACGAGACGAAGAAGAGCACCUUGUUGCAGGCAAAUGAUAAUGAGGAACAAACAGCGAGCACCACAAAUACUGCAACGAAUGAAAAUUCAUCCCCCUGCGGCAUCGUUGUCUACGCUUCUUCCAUCGAGUCCAACUACCUGCGGAUGCAAACCUAUCCCACGAAAAAAGUGUUACAGUUACACAUUUGUUGCUGUUGGAGUUUCUGCAUCACAAAUUUUCUCUGUGUGGCAGAGAAAACCUGUAAUGCGAAGAUCAUAAGGGAAAACAGGAAGGAAACCAGGCUCCCAAGCAUUUCCUGCAUGAGAAAGGUUGUCUGUGUUGCCGGUCUUGCAACACAAUGCGUAACUGUAGCACUUUUUUCUUGCGAUAAAACCGCCUGUCUGUCCGACUUGGAUCACCCGGACGUGUGCGCGUUGCUGCUCGCCUGUUAUGCAGUGCAAAUAUGUCUGGGUCUGGAAGGUAGUUGCGAGAUUUGUCAUGCUAGUCUGGCAUGACUCUGCACUCUGUAUUGCGUGGCUCCCAAGGGGUCCUCUUGCCUGUCAUGCAAAAGCGCAGUUUCUGUUUCUCAUGCGAAAUACGCAGCACAGAAGCACGAAGAAACUUGUCAUGCUUGGCGGCGCAUUACAGAGCACUUUAUUGCUCGCGGACUUGCAUCACAACCACAAGUUUCCAGACCCAGACAUAUUUGCAAUGGAUACCUGUGAGUGCUUCACCAUGUUGGAGGGCCCGUUUUGGCGGAAGAUUCGCGGCCGCGGGCUGGCCUACAACUACGCUUUGGGGCUCAGCCUGGACAGCGGGCUGCUGACCUUCGUGUUGCAGAAGAGCACGAACCCGGUGCCGGCGUUCUUGGAAGCGAAGAAAAUCGUGGAGGAAGCGGUUGGACAGCAUCAAAACAGCACGGAGAUGAACACCAGCAAGCCUGAAGAAGUGAAAGAUGCAGCAGCCGCGACUCCUCUUCUGGACGAUGACGUCGUUCUGAACGCGGCACGCUCCGGGUUGACCUUCGAUUUGAUCGCCGGACUGAGCACCAUUCCGGCCAUCACGAGCGGGAGCUACCUGGACACGAUCAGCCGCCGCGGGGAGAACAAGGUGCAGAGAAUGCUGGCGAGAUUGAUGGACGUGAAGAAGGAAGAUUUGAAACGGGUCACGAAACAGUACAUCGCGCCGCUGUUUGGAAUAGUUGAUACUAGUUCAAGAACAACAUCUUCUGUGCAGAAGAAGAGAAAGGCAAAUAACCCUGUCGUGUUUUCCGUUUCCACGCCGGCAAACAAGUUGGAGAAGACGAAAACGGAGUUGCAGGAGUUGAACUUUCGAUUUCUACCCUUUUCCGUCCCCGAAAUCGAAACGGAAUACGCGAAGGCGGAUGGAUACGCCGCUAUUCAGGAACGGUUGCAGAAGUUGUGAGUGGUUUCUUGUUGACGAAUUGCAAGAGCCGUGCCGGUAUGAGAAUGGUUCUUGGUCGACAGAAGUACAAUUGGCACACCGCCGCGCAAGGGAUGGAGGUGUUACUUACUGUUAACGAUGAUGAUCAUGAUGUGAGUGGCUCAGGCUCGCUACCCAACUGAAUGAAGAAAGCAUGUGUGGUUACUUGAGAGUUCCAGAACAACAAAAAUAGUUUACUACAUUUUUGGCUUAUGUUCAUGAGCACGCGCACGUAGCACCG